AUUCACAAUGGACAAAGGCGAACAAAGGCGCAGAUGGAAGUACUGGUGGAUUGCUCUACGUUUCUCUUUGCUGUUUUGCAUCGGGGAGCAGGUUUUGGCUCAGAUAAGGUACUCUAUUCCGGAAGAGGUAAAAGAGGGAUCCGUAGUGGGCAACAUUGCUAAGGAUUUGGGUCUUGAUAUCAAUACUUUGGUGGACAGACGGUUCCGUAUCGUAUCUGGAUCUACUGACGCUCUAUUUCAGGUAAACCAGAACAAUGGCGUGCUGUCUGUUCUUAAGAAAAUCGACAGAGAGGCGAUAUGUGAAGGCAGUGCUGUGUGCACUGUAAAUUUAAAAAUUGCUGUGGAAAAUCCGCUUGAAAUUCAUUAUGUCGUUGUAGAAAUUGCUGAUGUUAAUGAUCAUAGCCCCCGCUUCCCAGAAAAAGAGCAGCAUUUCGAAAUUGCUGAAAACACUCUUGCUGGGGCGCGCUUCGAGCUCCAAAGUGCACGCGAUCCAGAUGUGGGAAGUAAUUCAAUUCGCCUCUACAAACUAGCAAAAAAUAACUACUUCGAAUUAGAAAUGAGGGAUAACGAGGAAGAGGAAAAAACUCCAGUCCUGGUUUUGCAUAAGUCUUUAGAUAGAGAACAAAACGCAAAGCAUAAUUUAGUUUUGACUGCAGUAGAUGGUGGAAGUCCUCCCAAAUCUGGCACAUUAAACAUCACUGUCACCGUUCUCGAUAGUAAUGAUAAUCGUCCUGUAUGUAGUAGAGAUGUGUAUUAUGUGACGCUGGGAGAAAAUACUCCUGUAGGCACUUCUGUUGUCCGAAUCAAUGCAGCGGAUUCAGAUGAGGGUUUAAAUGGGGAUGUAGUGUACACGCUUGGCAAAACUAUUCGACGCAAAGUGCAUGACACAUUUAACCUGGACAGCAUCACCGGUGAAAUACAAAUUAAAAAGCCUGUGGACUUUGAGGAAAAUGAAAUAUAUAGACUAAACAUUCAGGCCUCUGACAAAGGCCAGCCUCCAAUGACAACUGACUGCAGAGUAAUUAUAAAGAUUACAGAUGAAAAUGAUAAUUAUCCAGAGAUAGACGUGACAUCACUAUUUAAUGUUGUACCUGAGGAUUCAAAACCAGGUACUGUGAUUUCUUUAAUUAGCGUCACAGAUAAAGACACGGGGGUAAAUGGUAAGGUUAUUUGUAGUAUCUCUGAUAGUGUACCAUUUGAGCUGAAACCAUCAGUUCAGGAUAAUAUGUACUCUUUAGUUACUAAAGAGCGUUUGGACAGAGAACUUGUCCAGAGUUAUGAAAUCAAGAUUAAAGCCACUGAUUUAGGUCAGCCUCCACUAUCGACAUUUAAAACCUUAAACGUGCAGGUGUCGGACGUUAAUGAUAACAGCCCGGAAUUUAAACAAAAUCCUCAUGAACUUUACUUGAUGGAAAAUAACGUUCCUGGGGCCUCAAUAUUCUCAGUGAGCGCUUCUGACAGAGACCUGAACGAAAAUGCUGCCAUUUCCUAUCAGAUUAUAAGAAGUGAUGGCACAAACAAUGACAUGGGAACUUUUUUGAAUGUCAACUCCGAAACAGGCGUUAUAAGCGCACUAAGGAGCUUUGAUUUUGAAACAGUCAAAACGUUCCAGUUCCACGUGCUCGCUACUGAUUCUGGAACUCCACCACUGAGCAGCAACGUCACAGUGAACGUGUUCAUUCUGGAUCGGAACGACAACGUUCCAGUGAUCUUAUAUCCAGUCAGCUCUAACGGAUCUGCUGAAGGUGUGGAGGAGAUUCCCCGCAAUGUGAACGCAGGACAUUUGGUGACUAAAGUGAGAGCCUAUGACGCAGAUAUAGGAUACAACGGCUGGUUGUUAUUUUCCCUGCAGGAAGUGAGUGACCACAGUCUGUUUGGUUUGGACCGCUAUACAGGACAGAUAAGGACCCUUCGCUCAUUCACAGAAACAGACGAGGCUCAGCAUAAACUGGUCAUACUGGUAAAAGACAAUGGCAACGUUUCACUUUCAGCAACAGCGACUGUGAUUAUCAAAGUUGUGGAACCCAAAGAGGCUUUUGCAGCUUCUGAUGUUAAGAACGCAGUAAAAGACGAGGAGGACAAUGACGUCACAUUUUAUCUGAUCAUCACUCUGGGCUCAGUUUCAGUGCUUUUUCUGAUCAGUAUCAUUGUGCUGAUUGUAAUGCAGUGCUCCAAAUCUACAGACUGUUCCUCCAAGUACUUACAAGAUACAAAUUAUGACGGGACACUGUGUCACAGCAUCCAGUACAGAUCAGGAGAUAAACGGUACAUGUUAGUUGGACCCAGAAUGAGUAUCGGUUCUACUAUAGUCCCGGGCAGUAAUGGGAAUACUCUAGUGGUACCAGAUCGUAGGAGGAGAACCUCUGGAGAGGUAAGCUUUAAAUUAUAUCACAUUAACUAUACAAUUUUUUUAAGCUUGUACAUGCGCUUUGAAUCAUUUCUUCUGCAUUCAUUUUUUUUUUUGGAAUUUCAUUGAAGAAAUGUUGCACGCUUUCAACAU